AUGACUCAGGUGCCUGCUGACUACCUGUCAACCACCAGUUCCUACAACUAUGAGCAGCCCCUUCCCUCCGUGGCUCGGACAAGCACUGUCACCAAGGUACUCCCAGCCAAAAAAAUAACCUUCUUCAAGAGUGGUGAUCCUCAGUUUGCGGGAGUCAAGAUGGCCAUCAACCAGCGAAGCUUCAAGAGCUUCAAUGCACUCAUGGAUGACCUCUCUCAUAGGGUCCCACUGCCAUUUGGGGUACGGACCAUCACCACCCCACGGGGAAUACAUUGCAUCAGUGAGCUGGACCAGCUGGAGGAUGGAGGAUGCUACCUUUGCUCUGAUAAGAGAUAUGUCAAGCCUAUUGGCAUCACUUCUGGGCGACACAGGCCAGCUCCCCCAAGAAGUGGUCGUCCCUCCAGUACUGUGAGAAGAGUAGUUCAGGAAGGCAAGCUUGAAGAUUCUUCCACACCUUUCACUCAGCAUGGCCCCAGAUUACCCAAGAAAAUCACUCUAGUUAAGAAUGGAGAAAGUGGUUUUCGGCGCUCAAUUAUCUUGAACCGCAGAAACGCAAGGAGUUUCAAAACGCUCCUGGAUGAGAUUUCAGAGAUCUUGCAGUUUCCAGUGAAGAAGCUCUACACUGUUGAUGGGAAUAAGAUCGACAGCAUGCAGGCUCUGCUUCACUGCCCCAACAUGUUGGUGUGUGUUGGCCGGGAGCCAUUUAAACCUGUAUCUAUGGAGAAUUUGAGGAAACACUCGGUAGAGAAGCUGCCCGACCUGACUCCCCGUUCCAAUGGCAACAAUGUCAAUGAAAACAAUGAAAGUAAGAAAAACGUGAACUUUGGACUGAAAGCCAAAAAAAGUGUUAUCCAUCCAAGAUCAUCAUCAAGCAAUAGGUCAACGAGAUUUUCUUUAUCAUCAGAAAAGUCAUAUCCUAAUGGUCUUGCUGCCUCACCAGAUAAUGGUGCACCUUUCUUAAACACUUGUUCUCAUCCAAAACCUGGGGACCUGGUCCAUUCCUUGGUCAAUGAUGACAUAGAAAAACGGGUACAUGUGAACGAGGAUGGUAGCCUGUCCGUUGAGAUGAAAGUUCGCUUCCGCUUGCUAAAUGAUGAGACUCUGCAAUGGUCCACCCAGAUCAAGAAGUCCAAUCUGAUGAACCAGAUGCCUUGUGAAGAGUCAGGUGUAGAGGACAGUGGAGUAAAGCCCAUACAGAAAAUGAACCCAGAAGUCAGCUCAGAGGCAGAUGAGUCAUCAUAUCCCUGUGAUAUUGAUUCUUAUAUGUCCAAACUUGAGGAAUCCGAAUGUGAUGAGGCUCAUUGUCAUAACUGUGGCAAGAAACACCACGACUAUGACAUUUGGAAAAAUCCCAUGCACUCAUCCCAGAGGGAAGAGCCUCGUGUACGAAGCACCUGGCACACACGGUCAUCAUGCUCCAGCACGUCUUCCCGAAGGAGAAUAGUCCACAAAAAAAUGGCUUCUGUGGAUAGCCUCCAUACCACAUCCAGUGAGGAAAUCUCUGAGCACAUUGUGCAAGAAUCCUCAUCCUACUCAGAGACUAUAGAGAACAGAGUGGCAUAUCGAUCCACUAAAAAGUGUACGUGUCAAAGUGAUUUUUCUACAGGUGCUUCCAAUGGAGAAGACCAGCAAGAUCACACUCGUACAAGCACAAGCCAUAGUCAGAGACACUCAUCCUUGGGCUUAGUGUCACAUUCAAGCUGUGAAAACAACCUCGAUACUCAAGAUGCUCCUGAAGACCAUGGGGCCAGCAAAACUAAUUCACAAAAUGAAGAUGAAAAUCGUUUUGAAGUUUCCUCUGUGAAGUGCUUAAAGGAUGAUGUAGAAGAGGUUGAAAGCAUCAGAGUUGGGAGUGCCAUAUCUAGAUCAUCUCUGCAGACCAGACAGAGCCAGAAGAAUGUAUGUGAGGAAACAAGUAGCGUGGGUAGGAGCAUCUCCUCCUCCAGCCUUCAGAAGGCAAAUCAAGAUGAUAACACUAGGGGUUCCACUCCUGCCAACAGUGUGCACAGCAAAUCUAGUAAGCGUACUACACCAAGAGCAAAGAGUGAACAGGAUGUCCACUCUGAUGACAAUGCAGUGGUCUCUUCCUUCUCCAGUGAGUCCUGUCCUAAGAAAGAGGCUGAAAAGGUUGAAGCAGAACAAGAAGAAAAUGAAAUCAAUGAAGUCAGCUCAGUGUCAGCAAAAACAAAGACCAGACAAUCAGUUAGAGAUGAGAACAGUGAAGCAACUUCCUACGGGUCUAAAUCUGUUGCAACUGAAGUAAAUGAUCAGAAGAAUAAAGAGAUUGAUGACUCUUGCAGCGGAAAAGUGGAGGAAGAGUUAGAAGGCAUGGGCAUGCAGGAGGAAGGGAAUGAUUUAAUGCCAUCUACUCUACCAAAUACAUCUCCAGAAGAAGUUGUGCAAGAAUGGCUAAGUAAAAUCCCUUCGGACACAUUGCUUAUGAAAUAUGAAAUGGAGGAUGAUGCAGAAGUGGAAUGUAUAGAGGCAACCACUGAGGUACCACACUGUACAAAUGCCAAGGAAAUCGCAGAGGAUGAAAAAGCUGAGAAAAGGAAUGUGGAGGAAGAUGAAAAUGAGGCAAAAGAUGAAGUGGAAAAAGAGAUAGCAGAAGGCUCUUCUAUUAAUGAAGAGGCUGAAGAAUGCAUGAAUCAAGAACAAAUGUCUGAGGUUGUGUCUGAAGCUGCCAAGGCCGACCAAGCAGAAUGCAGCCAGUCAGUUACAUCCAGCCAAAAUAACAACAGAAGAGACCUGCCAACCUCUGUCCAGACUUCUGUCCAGAUCAUGAAGGCCUUGCUCAGUUCAAAACAUGAAACAAAAUUUGACCGUUCAAACAGUUUGCCUGAAGUGUCCCCCACUAUGGGGAGAAAACUCAGUAACUCUGCAAAUAUUCUGAUUACUUGUCUUGCCAGUCUCCAACUCCUUGAUGAAGAAGCAGAAGAUCCAUCAGACAAAUCAAAACAUUUGAAUAAGACAAGGUAUAUGGAGCUGCUAAAUAUUUUUCAAGCCCUGUGGUCUGGAUGUACAUCUGAAAAGAGUGGUCCAAGUUCAAGUCAAGAGGCAACUGAGCAGGCAAAGACAGUCUCUGGGUUUAAAGCCACAAAAUCUGCAAAUUAUAACUUCACUCCCAUGUCCUCCUCUGGGGUUGAUGUUAGCAGUGGUUCUGGUGGCUCAGGAGAAGAGAUUACAGCUGGUGCCAGGGACUGCACUUUAAUGGCACAGAAAACUGCUGAACUCAAAUCAGCUGGACAAGUGGCAAAAGUAAAGACUGGAACUGAAUUGACUGAGACUAAGGAGCAAAAUAAAGAGAAAGAGCAGCCAUCCCAACCUUUGACAACCUGCUCAAAAUCAAAAGGUGAGGAAAAAGCACAGCCUACUAGAGAGGACUCUCCAAUUCAAGAGGCAGAAGAGAAUAAGGAGGAUCAGUGCAGUAGCUGUGAAAAUGCUAAGGAGGAAGAGAGAGAAAAUGAAAAUGAAAAAAACAGCAAAGUAGAUGAAAAUGGAGAACAAGGAGAACCUGUGAAUGGUGAACUUCUGAAAGAAAAUCUUGCAGAGAAAGCUGUUCAGCUAGCUACUACUGAUGAUACACAUGCCAGUGAGGUGGAUUGUGGGACAGAACUGAAAGCUGAUUUAGAAAAGCAGCUUGAAAAAGAGUCUCCAUGUGACCCAGAGUCCAAAGUUGAUACAGCCACCAGUGUGGGCACAUCCCUCAUCCAGCAAAACUCAAUGGACCCAGAUCCAAUCUGGGUCCUGAGACUGCUCAAGAAAAUUGAGAAGGAGUUCAUGGCUCACUAUGUCAGUGCCAUGAAUGACUUCAAAGUCAGGUGGAACCUGCAGGACAACCAGCAGAUGGAUGAAAUGAUACUGGAGCUGAAGGAGGAAGUGAGUAAAAGGAUACAAAAAAGCAUAGAGAAGGAGCUGAGAAAGAUCAAAAUGGGAGCAGGGAAGAUACCAAGACCUCCAGAUGAACCACUGAAACGUGAGUUAUCACUCCAAACUGAGCAGAGGAGACGACGAUUGCAGACUAUGCAUAAAAAGUCGUUCUUCAGUGACAAGAAUGGAACACAGAGUAGGGCAGAGGACGCAUCAGACUUAUCACUCGAUGUAGAUGAAAAUAUAUCAUUUAGUGCCAGUUUUGAGGCCAGUAUUAGUAAACAAAAAAGUGAGGAUGAAUACUGCCCAUGUGACUCUUGUGUGAGGAAAAAAAUGGCUUCCAAGCCCACAAGAAACCCAGUGGUGGCCACCAAUGCCCCAGUUGUGAAAGCAUUUGAUUUACAGCAAAUCCUGAGGUUGAAGAAAAAUGAUAAUGACGAAGCCUGUGUCUCAGAAGCAGCCCAGGACAUGAAAACAAUUCCCAGCAGUUCUGUGAAGGAAGCAGCAGAAAAUGGCAAUCCAAAUGAGGAAAAUGAUGAGGGUGAACUUCAGCCAAGUGAAACAGAAGUGGAGGGCAAUGAAGAAAAGGAGCCAGAAUUAAAUGGCGUGGGCAGCUCAACACUGAAGGGAGUUGAAGAAGGAUCUGAAAUAUCAGAGAGUCAAAACUGUGAGAUGGAGGAUGAGGUUAAAGAUGAAGAAGCCAAAGAAGAAAAGGAAGAAGAAGCUGAAGAGAAGUUGAAAGCUGAAGAUGAAGUUGACAAUGAAGCUGAGGAAACAGAGGAGCCAGAGGAUGAGGACUUAGGGGUUGAUGAUGAGGAAGAGACAUUUGAAUGCAAAGGAGAUGCUGGUGGCUCUGGAACUGACAACAAUCCUGAAGGAGAUGCUGCGGAAGGAAGUGAGGAAGCUGAGCAGGAUGAAGUUGAAGCAGUGGGAGAUGCAAAUCCAGAGUCAGAAGAUGAGGCAUGUUCAGCUGAGCAGGAUAACAACAGUGAAGGAGGUGACAAAUGUGAUGAGUGUGAUGAGGAACCUACCAGUGAUGACCCUGACAAUGCACAUGAAAAACACAAAGACAAAGGCAACAACAAGACUUCUGAGAAAGCAUCAAAGGCCAAAUGCAAAGAAAGCAGCAAAAAGCUAGAGACUCUGAACAAAGCAGCCGCCUUCUCUUGUUAUUCUUCUGUGGGAAACUUCUCACAGCAAUCCCAGAAGGGAUCUGAAGAUGAAGGUGAAGAGGAAUGCAAAGAUGACAACAACUCCACGAAAAACCAUUCAAAUGGAGAGGUUCAAAGUGAUGAGAGCAGCAAACCCUCACAGAUGUAUCCUGAUAGUGAGGAAGAAGAGGAUAAAGGAUCUUCAUGCACUGAUCCUUUGGGAGAUGAGGACCAGGCAGAUGCUGAAGAUAUAGAUCCAAAGGAGGUUAAACAUACUGAUAAAGUUCAGGCCUCUAAAAAGAAAGAAGACUCUGAUGAGAUUGGCCAGGAUGACCUGGACUUCUAG